UUAGGCUUCUUUCCUACAUUUUAGGGUAGUAUGUUUUUCAGCCUUUUUUAUUGCAAUCCUUUUCUUAUUGAAAUGAGCUCUCUAAAGAGUGCUUCAAAUACUAUAGUGAAUAGAGUCAUAGCUGAGAUUCUUUAUAAUACUAAAUCGUGAAACCUGUUGGUAGAUUUUAUGUCUCCCUGGAAAGAGUUUUAGACAUCAGCAGCAAUCUCCCGAUUCUCAUGAACCUAAGAAUGAGUAGAAUAGCCUUAAACUACGUACACUGUUGAUAGUCUGUUUAUAUUCCUUUUAGAUUUUUAAAUAUGCUUAUUAUUCCUUAGUGCCAUUACAAAAUAUUGGGACUAAGUAUAUACGACAUAAAGAUGUUCUCAUUACGAACAGAAAACCAGGAAGCACAGGUAUCUAUUUUGGAUGUCAUAAAUAGAUUUCUGUGUAGAGUCUUCUUUAUGUACUAUAGCCUUUAAUUAGUGUAUUGUAGUUAAAUCGCGGGGGGAUCGAAGCUUUUGCUAGGCGUGAGAAGUUGACGUUCAAAAACUUCAGAUUUUAAAUGUUAGUAUUGCUAAUCCACAAGGGGACGCCACAUAUUUAAGUGCACAUUAGCGUGCAGCAAUGGUGUUUCCAUUUCCAGCGAAAUGUCUAAAUAAUUAUGAAUAAAAAACCUUAGGUUUCUAAUUUAUAAUUAUUUGGAUAUGAUGUGAUCACUUAAGUAGAAAAAGGAAUGCAUAAAACAAUAAGUCAUACUUGUUAUUAGUCUUGAACAACACAAGUUGUGUUUAGUUAAUAUAAGACAAUACCAGAAUUGUAAAGCCAAAGAACGCAAUGAAUUGACAACAGACGUGAAAGUUGGUGGUCAUCUAGUUCCUACUAGAUGAUUAGAAUAAAAUGUCCUCGAGUUGUGGCUACACGCCUAUUAUGUAACCAGAUUAUUUUUACUCAGAAUUAUUAUUUUAUUUUAUAGAAUGUCGUACUCCAUUACAUGCCUCUCUAACUACCUAGCACAUUCUUAUUAGAUUACGCCUUUUAAAAAACAUGAAUACCUGAUCCAGGUAAAUGAGUUUCUGCAUGACGUGGAUUGCUCAUAUCGCUCAGGAUGCCUGUUUGCGCACUGCGCUUGCGUUCAUACAGCUGUGAAACAGUGUUUCCAUUGUUUGCGCACAGAGAGCUUGAGAGUUUAUAAGUAGAUUGGGGAACGAGAGGGUAUCUCCUACGCGACUCCUGUUUACCUGUCGAAUACAAAGGGUUCCAAUUCCGCAAUCAACUCUGGAACAUUUUCGGAGAAGAAACGCUAAACGACUAAAGGGUAGAACAAUCUUUGCAACAGGUCGUUCUCUCAAAUGCUCUAGCUGCUCGACUCCCGUGUCUACGUGCCUCACGGAUUUUCUGUAGGAGCAAGCAUGCCUCUGGGACUGAGGAAAAAGAAAAGCAAGUCGAGAGAAAGCUCCAGUUUGGUGGAGAAUGAGGAGGUUGGUGGACUAGCGGCUGGAAGUGCAGGCAAGUCUGCUGUAAACGGCGGCGGACUACCUCCUCCACCUGCUAACCUACGACCGAAACUCGUGUUUCAUACACAGCUUGCACACGGUAGUCCCACGGGCAGGAUCGAAGGAUUCACAAAUGUCAAGGAAUUGUACAUGAAAAUAGCGGAAACGUUCAAUUUAAAUCCAUCCGAGAUCUUGUUUUGCACCCUGAACACCCAUAAAAUUGACAUGGACAAACUCCUCGGAGGGCAGAUAGGUCUGGAGGAUUUCAUCUUCGCUCACGUCAAAGGGAUUAAAAAGGAGGUGGAGGUUUUUAAGGCUGAAGACGCCCUGGGCCUCACCAUUACAGACAACGGGGCUGGUUAUGCCUUCAUAAAGCGUAUAAAAGAGGGCAGUGUGGUGGACGGUGUCAAGGUGAUCUGUGUGGGAGACCACAUUGAAUGCAUUAAUGGGACUAAAAUAGUGGGGGCACGGCACUACGAAGUGGCUCGAAUGCUGAAGGAUUUGCCCAAAAAUGAGACCUUUACACUCAAGCUGGUGGAGCCCAUGAAGGCUUUUGAGAUGCUAGAACCACGGUCAAAAGGAACCAAACCUGCAGGAGAGAGCAAGCUUGGUUAUGGCCGAGGAACUCUUAGGCUACGCUCCAAAGGCCCAGCUACCGUGGAGGAAAUGCCCACAGCAUUUGAGGAAAAAGCAGUGAAAAAGGUGGAUGACCUGCUUGAGAGUUACAUGGGGAUUCGUGACAUGGAAUUAGCGGCCACGAUGGUGGAGGUCGGUCGAGACAAGCAGAACCCGGACGAAUUUGCUAUGGCUCUAGAUGAGGCUCUCGGAGACUUCGCUUUCCCUGACGAAUUUGUGUUCGAUGUGUGGGGGGCCAUUGGAGAUGCCAAGCAGGGUCGUUUUUAAUCCCACUCCUAGUUUCCUCACACCACACACACACACACACACACACACACACACACACACACACACACACACA